AUGAAGGAGCGAAACACAACCAAGUCCUUGAACGCAAAGUCUGUUCAAUCAGAAGAAGCUCUUGCGAACUUGAAUACCACCAUGGAGAAAUCGACUACCCUGGAGUCAUCGCACCUCAGUUCGGUCUCGACAACUCCCACCCCCUCAGGCGCAAAAACCGUCAACAAGAACUUCAGCUUAGAAGGCGACAAUUUACCCCGCUUAGCUGUUUCCUGUCCCACAAGUGUCAACAAGCCAUCAAAUUCUCAAGAGACCUCAUCCGCCAAGCAAACUCUGUCGCAAGAAGUUACGUCCGACACAGAGACAACUAUGGACAACGGCACUCCCCUCCUCGAGUUCACUCUAUUCCCUGAACUCCCACCAGAGCUUCGACUUCGAAUCUUCCACUUCGCUGCCAUUCCCGAGCCGCGAGAUGUACAACUUACGUUGGCCAAGAAGACUGUUGAUGGCAAAGUCUAA